CGUGGCAAAAAAUCAUAAAUUUAAUUUUUAAAAACAAAAUAUAUAUUAAGCGCGCGAAGGGGAUGAACACGGUACGUUUUGGUGUAAUAGGCUUGCUAAAAGUAAUAAUGGCAGUGUAGCCACUGGCCAGUCACAAAAAUGCCUUAAAACCCUAAACCCUCAACCUCCUUAAACCCUGAACCAGAAACUUCUCUUAAACCCUAAACCCUCUUCUCUCUCUCUCUCUCCAUCAAUGCAAUGUCGGCAAUAGCAAGAAGCAAAGCCAAUCCACUUGUCAAUUCUCUCCCUCGCUUCCUGACGCGGCGAUCUUUUAACUUCCGCACCAUCUGCAGCGGUCGUCUCGGCUUCGCUCCUUCCUAUCCGGACCGUCCUGUCGCCGGCACUAAAGUCUUAGAGACCUUCAAAGAAGAAUUUGAGAUCGGUUCACAAGUUAUUUCUCUUGAAACAGGGGAAAUUGCCCGGUUUGCUAAUGGCGCUGUCGUCUUGAGCAUGGAUCAAACUAAAGUUCUUUCUACUGUAACUUCCUCUAAAGGCGACGCUGUUCGUGAUUUUUUACCUCUCACUGUUGAUUACCAAGAGAAGCAAUUUGCGCAAGGUGUAAUUCCUAAUACAUUUAUGCGAAGAGAAGGUGCUCCAAAAGAGCGCGAGCUUUUAUGUGGUCGUCUCAUUGACCGACCUAUACGACCUCUCUUUGCACCUGGAUUUUACCAUGAAGUUCAGGUAAUGGCGAGUGUUCUAUCUUCGGAUGGCAAACAAGAUCCAGAUGUAAUGGCAGCUAAUGCAACAUCUGCUGCUCUUAUGUUGUCAGAUAUUCCUUGGGGUGGACCCAUUGGGGUGAUACGCAUAGGAAGGAUCGGUGGCCAAUUUAUCGUUAAUCCAACCAUGGAUGAGCUUAGCUUAAGUGAUCUGAACUUAGUAUACGCCUGUACAAAGGACAAAACCUUAAUGAUAGAUGUACAAGCUCGAGAAAUAUCAGAAAAAGAUCUGGAAGCGGCGUUAAGAUUGGCGCAUCCAGAGGCAGUUAAAUAUCUUGAACCUCAAAUUAGACUUGCUGCCAAGGCUGGGAAAGAUAAGAAGGACUAUAAACUAUCUAUGGUGUCUGAAAGAAUAUUAGAGAAAGUCAGAAACUUAGCAGAAACACAAAUUGAAGCUGUUUUCACUGACUCCUCAUAUGGCAAGUUUGAACGUGGGGAGGCUUUAGAUAACAUUACACAAGAUGUAAAAAGAACACUUGAAGAGGAAUGUGAUGAAGAGAGCUUAAAUGUUCUACGGAAGGCAGUAGACACAGUGAGGAAACAGGUUGUCCGCAGGAGGAUUAUUUCUGAAGGAUUUAGAGUUGAUGGAAGACGUCUUGAUGAAGUCAGGCCAUUGUUUUGUAAGGCUGGUCCUUUGCCUAUAUUGCAUGGAUCUUCACUUUUUAAUCGUGGAGAUACUCAGGUCCUUUGUACUGUGACACUUGGAGCUCCUGGAGAUGCUCAGCGCUUGGAAUCCUUGGUUGGACCCCCUACAAAGCGCUUCAUGCUUCACUACAGUUUUCCACCAUUUUCAAUUAAUGAAGUUGGUAAACGAGUUGGCCUGAACAGGCGUGAAGUUGGGCAUGGAACUCUUGCGGAGAAGGCACUACUUGCUGUUCUGCCUCCUGAAGAUGAUUUUCCAUAUACUGUCCGUAUCAAUUCAGAAGUCAUGGCAUCUGAUGGUUCAACAUCAAUGGCAACUGUUUGUGGAGGUAGCAUGGCUUUGAUGGAUGCUGGCAUUCCAUUAAGAGAACAUGUAGCUGGUGUCUCUGUGGGGCUGGUUAGUGAAGUUGACCCGUCGACUGGUGAAAUUAAGGACUAUCGAGUAUUGACUGAUAUUUUGGGCCUGGAAGAUCAUUUAGGGGACAUGGACUUUAAAAUUGCUGGAACACGUAAUGGAGUUACUGCAAUUCAAUUGGAUAUUAAACCUGCUGGAAUUCCUUUAGAUAUCAUUUGUGAGUGUUUGGAUCAUGCUCUUAAGGGUCGUCUUCAAAUCCUUGACCACAUGGAACAAGAGAUUAAUGUGCCACGUACUCAAGUUGAUAAGACUCGCCCUCGACUAGCUACCUUUAAAUUCAGCAAUGAUACUCUUCGUCAGCUAAUCGGCCCUCUUGGCGUCCUUAAGAGAAAAAUUGAAGAGGAAACAGGUGCACGAUUGUCUAUUAGUGAUGGCAUGCUUACUGUAGGUGCUAAGAAUCAGGCCGUAAUGGAUAAAGUACAAGAAAAGAUUGAUUUCAUAAUUGGCUGUGAAAUUGAAACUGGUGGAGUUUACAAAGGCAUUGUAACAUCAAUAAAAGAGUAUGGUGCUUUUAUUCAAUUUAAUGGUGGCCAGCAAGGUCUGCUGCAUAUUUCUGAGUUAUCACAUGAACCGGUCUCCAAGGUUUCAGAUGUAGUAUCUGUUGGCCAGCAGCUUUCUUUGAUGUGCAUUGGGCAGGAUGUUCGUGGUAACAUUAAAUUAUCUCUUAAAGCAACUUCACCCCCGCUAGGAUCCAACACAAAUAUUAUGGAGGAAGGAUCUGUUCCUGUCACGAAAGAAUUGCCCAAGGUUUGGGCAUCAGUUGAGAAUGUGUCUGAUGGACGAGAUGAGCAGAAACCUACUGCAGAGUUUCCUCUGGAUAGCAGUAUGGUAAAUUUUUCAACUUCAUCUGCACCAGCAUUUCUAAUUCGAAGUAUUGCAGAGUGUGAUGAGGAGGAAAAAGAUGCCAGUCUGAAUCGAGAUUCCAAUAAUGCACCUAAAAUUCUCUGGACUGCGAAACGAGAUCAUAAGCUGAAAACAAACCCUCCUAAAUAUGACUCUCAUUCACCAGUCCCAAAUUCCAAUAGCCUUUCACAUACUAAGAAUAAGUUGAAUAAUGUGGAAAAUGAAGUUGAGAGUCCUAUUAAUGCGAGAAAUUUGAAACUUGGGACAAAGGUUGCUGCCAAAGUCUAUCAAAUUCGCAAGCAUGGAUUGGUCCUUGAUUUGGGUGGUGAAGUUCGUGGAAUGUUUCGCUUUGAGGAAAAUGGCAAGAGGGACUUUGAGGUAGGUGAUGAGCUGCGAGUCAAGUGCACAAACUUUUCCAGCAAGGGGAUUCCAGUUAUGUCUUUGGUGGAUGAUGAGUAGCAACAUAUUAAUCCUUACAUUUCUGACUGAAUUGCCACAUUAAUUGUAAAAGACAGAAGCUGAGUUGAAGAGAUUCCCCUAGUAGUACAAGCUUUUCCACCAAGGGGAUUCCAAUUAUGUCUUUGUAGAUGAUGGGCAAGUAGCAUCACAUGAGACAUUCCAUCCCUAAAUUAAUGAUCAGAUGACAAAUGAUACACAGAAGCUGAAUUGGAAAUAUUCUUAGCAGUAGCUAGAUAUCAACUUAUAGGCACACAUUUUGCAUUGACCUGCAUGUGGGUGAGUCUUGUUUAUGCUAACCAACCUGAUUGCGGGAGUGGCUUUGGUUUGAGCUAGCCCUUGUGCUCUGACUAAAUGUUACUGAGGAGCUCAUUUCAACUUCAAGAUCAACAUUCUUUUUUGGAGCAUUUUCACUCAGUUGUUAAGGCAUUAUGAUCCAUUGCCACUGGACCUAAAAAUUUUGGUCAGCUAGGUGCUUUUCUUGGCUUAUAUCUGUCUAUCUUGGAUUCUACUGUUACGGUAAAAUGGUCAUUGGUCUUUUGUUGACAAGGAUAAUGAAAUUCUUGCCCUCCGCUUAUAUAGUCUUUGCUAACAGUGUAAUGAAAGAGUAUUAAGAGAGAUUGUUUAUGAUCGGGCCAAGGACAUUUUUCGCUUAGCUCAUGACAGUUUGUACAUACUGAGAACUUCUGGAGAUUCUGCUGCCCUCGUUUCUUUGAGCCCUCCUUUUCUUGUUGGAUUGUGGAUGGUCAACUGUUUAAUAUGUUGUACUGGAAAUAUUUUGUUCGUUAAUUACACUCGCUGUAGUAUGUAUUAGAAAGGUCACUCUAGUACUCAAUAGAUGGUCUCUUUCCUGUAA